AUGGCAUCCCCUCGCGCUGCUUCCCCUCUGACCUCUGGUGCUGAGUCUGGCCCGGAUUCCAAGUCCACUGGCGCCGCCGCCUCCGCCUCCUCGGUCAACCGCCCUUCUUCUCCCACUCCUCCUGGUGGUCCUCGCGCUGCUUUGCGUCGCCGCGCGGCCGCCGACCACAAGGAGUCUCUCCGCAAUGUCCGCCCUAGCUCGACCCGCUCCGCCGGUGCUGGUGGCUCCUCUAGCACCAUGCUGAAGCUGUACACGGAUGAGAGCCCUGGUCUGAGGGUUGACCCUGUUGUCGUGUUGGUUCUCAGCUUAGGCUUCAUCUUCUCCGUUGUUGGUCUCCAUGUCAUUGCCAAGAUCACCCGCAAGUUCUCCUCGUAA